UUCCAUGGAUUUAUCAAUCUCUUCGUUCUCAUUUCCCAAAAGCUUUGAUCGCGAAAUGAGAUUCAAGUUCGGAUCAGAGUUGCGGUCGACGACGACGCUUUGAUUCCAGAUCAGAUGGAUCCAUUAGAGGACUCGAGUUGUUGGGAUUUUCUUGAUUACUCCUUGUUCGUCGACGGCGACAAUAUCAUUAACCCUUCACUCGAUCCUUUGUGGCCUCCUAGUGAUUCCAGGGAUAGUUGCGCGCAUACUGAUGUUUCAGCCGGGCGUGUUGAAUCUGAACAAAACGAUCAUUCGCGGAAGAGGGCUCGAGAUGGGUCGUGCGCUGGACCAACUUCAAAAGCUUGUCGUGAGAGGUUGAGGAGAGAGAGAUUAAAUGAUAGGUUUCUAGAUUUAAGUAUUGCUUUAGAACCUGGUAGGCCUUCCAAAAAUAACAAGCCGGCCAUUCUUGAUGAUGCCAUUAGAGUGUUAAAUCAACUCAAGACUGAAGCCGAAGAGCUCAAACAAACUAAUGAAAAGUUGCAAGAAGAAGUCGAGUGCUUAAAGGCAGAGAAGAAUGAUCUUCGGAAAGAGAGAAUGAAUUUGAAGGAAGACAAAGAAAGAAUCGAACGACAGUUGAAAUCUAUAGCCAUCCCACCUCCAGGGCUUAUCCCUGGUCAUCCAGCUGCAUAUCAUGCUGCUCCAGGUAAGAUGGCUGUUUUUCCUGGUUAUGGUUUGUUCCCAAUGUGGCAAUAUCUUCCUCCAUCAGUACGCGAUACAUCUCAAGAUCAUGAGCUCAGGCCUCCUGCUGCCUAGUUCAAUUUGCCACCUUUAAACAAUUAGAGUCUCUUUUUCUUUCAUCCAUCUAUUUUUUGUUCACCAACAUGUAAGUAUUUCUCUCAACACUUACUGAUUUUUCUUGUAAACUAUCAGUUGCAAAAUGGAAGCAGAAUUUGCAAGGAUUUCGUUUGAUACUCUUUUUAUUUAUUUCCAACUCAAUGUCCAUUAUAUUUA